AUGCCAUGCUAUGAGCUACUAUAUAAAGGUUUUGUCGGAGCUUCUGACACUAUGGAGUCACCGGCACUAUACGAGGCUCUCCUGGCUUACGCUUCCGGCCACUUGUCGUCUCUUGACUCGUCCUAUUCCGUUGUUGCACUGAAAGCCAGAUCCGAGUCUCUGAGCCACCUAUCAAAGGCCAUAAAUACCUUCUCAGGGGAUAGGCUCCACCCAGAAUCUACAGUUGCCGCGUCCCUGAUUCUAUUAACCUCCGAGGUCAGCCUAGGGAGCCACAAAGGCUGGUAUAGCCAUCUCAUUGGGGCAAAGCAUCUCAUACUCUCUACCCAAUCCACUCUUCAAUUAAAUAAUGAACCAUCAGGAGGAUUGGGAGCUUUCACUAGCUUUAAAUCCACCCCUGGUGGUAGAUGGAUCCUCAGGAACUUUGCCUAUCACGACGUCAUCAGCAGUGUCACGUUAGGAAGAGAGCCUUUGGUCACUGGCAGAUAUCUGGAAGGGAUUACAGAUGUCGUUGACACGUACCUUGGGGUGGCUAGCGGAAUACUAGUUACCAUCUCCGAUAUAAGUAGUCUGGAUAUGUAUCCCAAAGGUGAGGACGAUGUUGUCGAGUUCCAUCGCCGGUGUUUGGAGAUUGAAGAGUCCCUUCAGUGUUGGAGGUGUCCUGUCGUAAACUCCGAACCAUUAUCGGCCAUUGCGAGUGCGUAUCAGGCGUCUGCUCUGCUCUAUCUUUAUCGUCAGAAACGCCAAUUUGCAGAGAAUAUCCGGGGAUACUUUGGGCUACUCCCCGACUCGACAUUUUUUAUACACGAUCUUGACUGCAAAGUUCAUCUUGCAGUUCAAAAUAUCCUCGACCAUAUUUCAAAGGUUCCUGUCGACGACGUCUCCGAGUCAUGCAUGUUGUUCCCUCUGUUUCUCGCUGGAGGCGACGCAUCAAGUGUUAGCCAAAUCAAGAUUGUGCGGCAAAGGCUGCAAUUUAUGCUCGAGAAACGUCAAUUUCGAAACAUUCACCGGGCAUUGGAAAUUCUAGAGACGUUGUGGAAGAUGAAAAGGGACGGCACCAAGCAGGAAGGCGAUAAAUCCCCCGAUUGGACAACUCUGUUAAAAGAUCAAGAGGAGCCUUUAUUAUUGACCUGA